AUGGCCGACGACCGCCAGCUCCCCAACGACGCGCUCGUGGAGGUUGCCCCCGCCAUGAAGCCCCUCCGCGGUGGCUCCAGCUUCGCCGUCUCCACCGCCCAGCGCGAGGUCCACGGCGACCCCCUUCACCGCACGGAGCUGCCCCCAACCCUCAAGGGCUUCUUCUUCUGCGGCCGCAACGACGUCGACGGCAAUGGCAACUACGACGGCGAGGAGACCGAGGAGGACGACGCGCCGCUGCCCUACCUGCUGCCCCCGAAAAAAUACGGGCAGUUCGCCGACCUGCUGGCGAACUCCGCCGCGCCCCUCGUCGACCUCGACCCCUCCUUCUCCUUCAUCACCAAGGCGCUCCCCGGCAUCGACCACAUCUACCUCCUCGACUCCUGCAACGGGCUGCUCCUCUUCGGCCACCUCGAGGACGCCCACAACACGCCGGAGACCUGCUACGUCGUGUGCAACCCGGCGACGGAGCAGUGGGUGGCCGUGCCGAGCUGCGGCCGGAUCGACCCGACCCGGCGCCGCAGCUCUUCCAUUAUGCACACCUACCUCCUGUUUGACCCGGCCAUGUCCUCCCACUUCAACGUCGUGCUCUUCUGGGAGAAUCCUCUGAUGACGACGGUCCACGCCUACUCGUCGGAGACCGGGGCGUGGAGCGGUGAGGGCCAAGAAAUAGGGCCACUGGAACUAUGGCGUUACCGCAAUGCCAACGACAGGUUCCACAUCCAUGGUAGGUGCCCUGGGGCAAUGGUGGAUGGCAUGCUGUACCUGAUCUAUGAUAGGUAUUGGAUACUCCAGGUGGAUGCACAAGGGAAGACGCAGCGCCAGAUCACGGCGCCGGGGGUUCCUCAGGAGGUGGAUUAUUUCAGCAACGGUGUGGUCUUCAUUGGUCAGUCCCAGGGGCGCCUGCACUGCAUCAUGGAAGAAGGUGAUGAUGAUGUGCUUGUCCAAUUCUCGUUGCAGCUGAACGGUGUGGCUCCUUAUGAGGUGCACUCGUGGAAGUCGAACCUUGGAAUUUCAAUCUGGGUUCUUCAGGACUUGGAUACGCAAGAAUGGGUCCUCAAGGGCAGGGUAAGCUAUCUGGAGCUGUUUGGGAAGAGGAACCGUGAGGGAAAUGUUGAUUACCGUGUGGCCGCGAUGCAUCCAGAUUGCAAUUUGCUGUUCUUUGUUCAGCACUGGGACUGCAAGAUGGUAUCAUAUGACAUUGACAGCCAGGAAGUUCGUGCUCUCGACACCGACUUCUAUCAUGACUAUGAGAUUACUCCAUAUGUUCCGUACGUAUCGGAGUUAUUUCUUGGAGUCAUUGGUGGUCACAAGUUAGCACACUAG